UUUUCGAAGAAUGCUACUUCAAGGCAGCGGUAAAGGCUCAAGCAAUUAUCAACACGAGCAACAAGCAGCAAGCGGAAUUACAAGCACAGAAGCAAGCGGAAUUACAAGCACAGAUGCAAGCACAAGUGCAGGCACAGCAGCAAUUGGCGAAUGGACAAGAAGCCGCGCCACGGGAAAGCAGGUCACACGACGAUAGGAAGAACGAGUUGAAGUUACCAGAGAUAAAACUCCCGGAAUUCAAAGGGGAAUACACGCAAUGGCCGUUUUUCAAAAACAGUUUUGAGAUGACAAUCCACCAGGUUGAUUAUCUGACGCCUAUGCAGAAGCACCAAUAUUUGGUGGGCGUACUUCAGGGAGAAGCGCGGCAGGUAAUAGAAGGAUUCUCUAUUACAGAUAACAGUUACGAGAUUUCGUGGCAGUUGUUGAAGGACACGUACGACAAUCAGAUGAUGAUCCUCGAAACGCAUUUGGACGAGAUGCUCGAUUUCCCGAUUAUAACAAAGGAAAAUAAGGCGGAUUCCAUUCGGAAGUUUGUAUGGCACAUUCACACGCACAUAAAGGCACUGGAGAAGCUACACCAGCCGACAUCUCAAUGGGAUACACUCAUCAUACAUAUGGCGAAGAAAAAUUUGGAAUUUGCAGAACAACGCGAUUGGCAACAUCUUGUUAGAAAGAAAACACCGCAGGAUAUGCCGACACUUGAAGAAUUUCUGAAAUUCUUAACGGAGCGAUGCCACAGUCUGCGGAUGCUCAAGCAAAACAAAGAAAGGGUAACGAAUACAAAGACACCAGUAGUAAAGAAGGAAGGACGAAAGGAACAGGACACUGCAUCAAAUUGCAAGUCAUCGACAUGCCGAAAGUGCUCAAGUAAGCACAACACCAUUUUACAUCGGGAAUCCGAACAUGCAAAAAAGGAAGCUAGUUAUUCUGACACGGAAUCGACAGCUGGUCACAAGGAGACCCAAAGGGAACAUGAGACUCGAGCCUCAACGAACAGUGCAGCUAAAGCGGCAGUGAAUAUCUGCCACGUAAAGAUGGAAGCAACGGGGGUAAUUUUGCCUACCGCGAAAGUUUACAUCGUGGAUGACCAUGGAAACCGACAUCUCGGAAGAGCAUUGCUGGAUUCAGGUUCGCAAUCGAAUAUAAUAACUGAAGACUUCGUACGAAGAUAUAAGCUACCCUACACGAAGAACUCCAGACCAAUUAGCGGAAUCAAUCAGUCGCAAACUAAUGCUAACAAGGUAAGCAGGAUCAAAAUUGAGUCCACGCAGGAAGAAUUUUCUGCUACGAUAGAAUGCCUGGUGUUGAAAGCGAUCACGGAGGCGUUACCACAAAGAAGAAUCAAUGUGAGGAAACUGCACAUUCCGAAAAACGUACAGUUAGCUGAUCCAAAUAUUGAUGAACCCAGUAAUAUUGACUUACUUAUCGGCGGCGGGUUAUAUUGGAAGAUCCUUACAGGUACGACCAAAAAUCGGUUGGAAGGACAACCAGCAUUGCAAAACACUAAACUAGGAUGGAUUAUCGGUGGAGAGGUGCACGGCAUGCUUAACAACUCCUCGAACAUAAGCUUGGCAGUCACCAACGAUAUGCUAAGUAAACAAGUAGAAAGAUUCUGGACUCAGGAGAGCAUACCAGAAGAUCGGAAGUACACAGCAGAAGAAGAGGAAUGCGAGAGGUACUUCACGGAUACAGUGAAGAGGAACCCAGACGGAAGAUUUCUAGUGCGAUUGCCGAUGCGGUCAGAGGUAAUCCUGGGAAACAGCAGGGCAGCAGCGCUCAGGCGACUUCUUAUUAGGAGCGACGCUUCUUAA